UGUAUUUCAAUGAUUGUUCUUCAGUAGACACAAGAUAACAUUUGUGAGAAGUUUAUUCAUCUGAUUGAUCAUCGAGAGAGAAACCACCAUGGCUGAUGCAGCUCUAAUCCGUGGAUUGCUUUCAAACUUGGCACCUCUGAUUCAGGAUGAAUUCUCGUUGUUUUGGAGUUUUAAGAAGAAGGUUCAAAAGCUAUCCAGCACGCUAACUUCAAUUAUGGCAGUACUUGAGGAUGCAGAGAGAAAGAAUGUGCAGGAGAAGGACAAACAAACAGAAGAUUGGUUGCGGAAGCUGAAAGAUGUGGCGUACGAGGUUCGAGACAUCAUGGAUGAGUGCACCUUUGAAGAUCUUCGUCUUCAAGUCAAAAGGCGUAAUGCCUCCUCUUCAACCCUGAUCCAGGUAACCAACUCAAUAACCCAUCCUUUUAGCAGUACUUGGACACGUCUAAAAGUUGGUCACAAAAUUAAGGAUGUUCAAGAGAAGCUUGACCAAAUUUCUUUAGAGCGUCAAACGUUACAUUUGCGUGAAUCUAUUCAUGACUCAAAAAGAGACAAGCUUACUAGUAGAUGGCGUGAAAACAUGUCUCUUUCUAGUUGUAAUCAAGUAUAUGGGAGAGAUAAGGAGAAGAAACAGAUUAUUGAUAUUCUAGUCAAUAAUACAUCUAGUGCUUGUGUUGAUAAAAAACCAUAUGUUCUACCCAUUGUUGGAAUAGGGGGUCUUGGUAAAACAACCCUUGCCCAAAUGGUCUUCAACGACGAGGAGAUUACUAAGCAUUUUGAAACCAAAAUCUGGGUUUGUGUUUCAGAUGAUUUUGAUAUUAAAUUGGUGAUCAAAGCUAUCAUAGGAGCAACAAAUGAAACUUCCUUAGAGAUAUUGCAGAAAAUGAUUCAAGAUAGAUUGAAAGGGAAAAGAUAUUUGAUUGUAUUGGAUGAUGUUUGGAAUGAAAAUGUUGAUGCAUGGGAUCAGUUGAGAUCUAUCUUGGAUUGUGGAUCAAAUGGUGCAUUUAUCCUUACCACGACACGGAAAAAAAAUGUGGCAAAAAUUAUGGAAACGAUUCAACAUUUUCAGAUAUCAUCGCUCUCUAACGAGGAUUGUUGGCUACUCUUUCAAGAGCGUGCAUUUAUGUGUGGAACACAAAAAACUACAAACUUUGUUGAUAUUGGAAAAGAAAUAGCUAAAAAAUGUAAGGGUGUUCCCUUAAUUGCCAAAACAUUGGGAAGUCAAUUAAGCUUCAACGAUGACGAAAAGGAAUGGUGCAGAAUAAGAGAUAGUGAGAUAUGGGAGAUAUCUCAAAAUGAAGAAGAAUUAGAUAUUUUGCGUAUUCUAAGGUUGAGUUACUAUGACCUCCCUUAUGAUUUGAGAAGUUGCUUUGUGUUUUGUGCUAUAUUUCCCAAGGAUACUAUAAUUGAAAAGGAGAGAUUAAUCCAAUUGUGGAUGGCCCAUAGUUUAAUUCUUACAGUUAAGAACAAAGAAGUGGAAGAUGUUGGGAAUAAAAUUUGGAAGCAAUUGUGUUGGAGAUCCUUUUUUCAAGAUGAGAAAUCAGAUCUGUAUGGAAUUUAUGAAACAUGUAAGAUGCACGAUCUUAUGCACGAUCUUGCUCAAUCUGUUAUGAAAGAGGAAUGUUAUACGUUAGAUGCUAAUAACUUAAUUGAUGGUUUAAAACGAGAAAUUCGUCAUCUAAUGGUAAUGGGUGAUAAAUUUGUCAAAAUAUCAGUUGAUUCUCUUAAGAAAAUUGGAGGGUUGCAAUCACUAAUGCUCCAGGACAGAGAUGUUGGUGGAAAGCAGAUUUUUUUGAGUGUAUUGAAGGAACUUCCGAUUUUACGUGUCCUUGAACUAAGCUAUAAUGGGUGGCAGCAAAGACCAUUCGAAAAGUAUGACCUGGGAUGUCUAAAACAUCUUAGAUACUUAGACAUUUCCGGUAAUAAUGAGAUAGCAACAUUACCUGAUAGUAUUUGUGAUCUCUUGAACUUACAGACUCUGAAACUCAAUCAGUGUUCUAAGCUUGAAAGUUUGCCCAGAAAUACAAAAGACCUUAUUAGUUUGCGGCAUCUUUAUUUGAAUGGUUGUUAUAGAUUAAAAUAUAUGCCUAGAGGGAUGGGGCAAUUGAAACAUCUGAGGACGUUAAGCUUGUUUGUGAUAAGCAAUAAAAAGAGAGACGGCCAACUAGAUGAAUUAAGAGAUUUGGAUAUUGGCGGAUCAUUGACAAUUAAGAACCUUAGAAGAGUUAGUGAUGCAUCUAUGGAAAGAGGGAUAAGUAUGGCUAAAAAGACGAGUAUCAAUGAAUUGGAGUUGGAUUGGACAUCUGUUGAUGAAGUUGAUGAGAGCAAGAGUACUAGAGAUGAGAAAAUUGGUGAAGCUCUAGAGGUUUCAACUGCAAGGCUGAAGAUAUUGAGAAUGAGGGAUUACAAAGGUGAAAAUUUCCCUAAAUGUGUGGGAAAAUCAUAUCCUUCUUUAACACGCCUUGAGCUUAGUAGCAGCGUUGACAAUGAAAUGAUAGUACUAUUCCCUUUGUUAGAGGAACUGCAGAUUGAAAGAAUGAUGAAUUUGAGGGAAUUGGUGUCACCUAGCUGUUGGAGUACUGGAGCAUUCCCUAAUCUAUUCAAGUUGUAUAUAUCUGAUUGCCCAAAGCUAGGGGCCUUGCCACCUCAUCUCAAAUCACUCAAACGUGUAAAGGUUGAGGCUGAAUGUUCGGAUGAAUUGUUAUAUAGCAUCUGGAAUCUUAAUGAUACUCUCACUCAUCUAGAACUUAAGAGAUUGAAUAAUGAUGUGGAGCAUGGUAUAUUCACAGUCAACAACAACAUGAAUGGAAAUGAAGUAGUAAUAUUCCCUUUGUUAGAGUAUUUGAAGAUUGUGAGCAUGAAGAAUUUGAGGGAAUUGGUGUCUCCUACUAUUCCUAGUGCCGGAGCAUUCCCUAAUCUAUGCAAGAUUGAGAUAUGGUAUUGCCCAAAGCUAGGGGCCUUGCCACCGCAUCUCAAAUCACUCAAAGAUGUAUAUAUUAAUGGUGAAUGUUCGGAUGAGUUGUUAUAUAGCAUCUCAAAUCUCAGUGCUCUCACUUGUCUCUCUCUUGGUUUUAUGAAUGAAAGAAGUGUUUUAUUUGGAGCUGGUUAUAAGGCAUUAAUGUUUGAUGAUGAGAUACCAUCAACAUCAUCAUCGUCAAAUAAUAAUAGUGAAGCACAAUUACGAGGAGGAGGAGGACGCUCAACUUUCCAAUCUCUUCAAUAUCUGGAUAUCUGGAACUGCAAGAACUUAAGGCGUUUGUUUGAUGAGGGAAUGAUAUCGAAGAUUAGUGGCUGCCAGAACAAACACUUCAUCAACUCUCUCACGGAAUUGAGUAUCUGGUAUUGCCCGGAGUUGAUGAUAUCAGUUGAGGAAUUUGUUGGAAACCUCAAUAUUAAUAAUAAUUCACUACAGAGAUUGUGGAUUAUGGGUUGUCCUAAGUUGGUGUCUUCAGAAGAAGCGGACGAUGUUAUCGCACUCCUGCGUUCCCUUCGAACCAGACUUGAUCCUAAGAUGUUCCAUGCAGAUAUUCUAUUGGAAGAGGAAUAGCAUAAGAAGAGUCAAUUAGAAGUCAGUAGGCUAUUCUGCAGCUCUUCCAAUCAUAGUCGCUAUAUUUUGGUUCAUGUUGUUGUUGUGGAAGAUUAAAGCGACAUGGAUAUUCUCCAGCUGCUUACAUUACUGUUA